AUGAAUGAAACAGUUGAUAGCAUUUCAAUACCAGCUAUAUGCCAUAAUUGUCAGACAAGUUAUGGUUUGAGUUCAGCUGAUCGACGUUCUAUCAUUGUUAUGGUUGUUCUUACUGGUGUGGCAUUAAUAUUAUGUUAUAUAGGUGUACUAUGGUUUGCUAUUCGUACACGUUUUAUUCCCGAUGAAGAAUCGCUCAUUGCGCUGGAGCAUAUGCAUAAAAAUCUGGCGUUUAAUGAUGAUGUAAAAAAUGAGGAUAAAGAGGAAAAUGUACAGAGUAUGGUUAAUACAACAGCAGUGACGACAGCAUCACAACCAGCUCUGAUUGAAUUGGAAAACCAGAACGAGCGAUUUUGA